AUGGAAAAAUUGAAGAAAAGUAUUUCGAAAACCAUCCAGGAUUUGGGUGAAUCCCUAAAUUCCAAUGAUGAUGAUGUUCGGAUGGAUGAUAUGUCUGAUUAUAUUCUAAGUCCUUAUGUUGGCUCUAACUCUAUGGACGGAUCUGUUACACACAUUAUUCAAAAAAAAAAGACCAACAUUGUACGCUCUGAUGUAGCUAGUGACCAAGAAGUUAUGGAUAGUAUUGAUGCAGCUUAUUUCAUUGAAGACGAUUUCGAUGCUAUUGAUUAUGAGCUGAAGAAGCAAUUCGAUUGUGAAGUGUAUUUAGAAGACUUAGACCGUGAACGUAUGAGGCUGAAACAUCAGCUGCAAGUAGUUUCCAAAAGAAUCUCCAUACUUAUAAUGGAAAAGUCACCAUCAUAUAACAGACAAUUGAGCGAAAUUGACAAUAUCAGAACUGACCUGUCCGUUCUGAUUGGAGAUGUGUCAACCAUACGAAGUGAAUUAGCACUGGAGAAGCGUAGAAGUAAAACUUGCUUAGCAAUUCUAGCUAACGAGAAGAAGAAAAGACUUCUACGUAGACUCUUGUUCACUCUACAAACAAUCAAAACAUUGCAUGAAACGGAGUACCAAAUCAAAGAAGCUAUAGAGGAUGGGCAUUUCCCAUUAGCUAUACGCAUAUGCAUUGAGGCGAAGGAAGCUGCUACAACUUACAAGUAUUUCAGUAGCAUUAGUGACCUGAUGGCUAAACUAGCUGACACCACAAACCUUAUUGAAAAGGAACUUGACAAAGCACUUUCGAGCUUAACUGUCGUUUUUGAUAUGGAUAAGUAUACGAACGUGCAUUCAGCUUAUGCAAUGCUGAACAAAACAGAGUAUGCUUGCCGUGCACUUGUGAAAAGCUUUGUGACGACCAUCGAACGUACUUGUAGGAGUAUGAUCACUGAAAAAAUAACUACAUUAGUUGAUUUAACUGAACAUACAUUUGAAGAUUUAUGUGAACUCUUACCUGUGAGUAGUGUCGAAGCGACGAUUCGCGAGUUAUGCUUCGUAUUAUGCAAGAUCUUAACGACAUAUCAUUAUAUUCUUAGGUAUCAUUCUGAGGAAUCGAUAGAAGAUAAUAUCGAAGAAGAAGAAUGUUACAAGAUUCUCAAAGAUUCCUUAAGUGCUGUAUUUCGCUCUGCGCUCAACUCCUUUGAUACUCUUCUAUCUACUUUGGACUUUUCAACUUUUAAGUUUGAUAGUGUUCUCUAUGUUGUUGAUCUCUCUAACAGGUUCCGUGCAUUCGGGAAGAAAUACUUUCUGGAUAACUCUGAUGAAUUAGCUGUUACAUUACAACGUCAAACCUUGUAUUACUUUAAAAGAUACCAUAGCGAACGUAUUGAAGAGCUCAAAAUGUUUCUGGAAAACGAAUGCUUCACUCUCUGUCCGAUUCCUAAUCAGUUCACUAUAUUCGAUCUUCAAGACUUCCAAUUUUUGAAAGAAAAUCGUCAAGCAUCUAGUAAUUCAAAUUGCGAUGUGGAUGAUAACAAAAAAGACUUAACUCUAAUACCCACAGAUUUUAUUAAUCCGUUUGGGAAAGAAGAAGUGAAGUCAAGAACUGCUUCAGUGGUUUCCGGUCCCUCAAUGGAUACCGAUGAUUUCUCUAAAGAGGAUUUAGUUGACGAACCAGAAGACGCAUCGAUCAACCUCUGCAAUACAGCUUUGAACUUAUUGCGAUUUUUCGGACGAUAUAUCCGAAUGACUUCUUUGUUACCUUCUAUUUCCCAAUAUUCGCUCCCAGCUGUCACUCAACUGUUCGAGUUCUUCUUGUAUUCUAUUUCGACGUUCUUUGGGAAUGAUGGUUCCCAUAUUUGCGAAGUACCUGCCCAAUUGACUACUGUAUUAUCUAUCAUCAAGGACCGCUUAAUAGACAAGGAUUACGGAGAAAAUGAGGGGAUCAUUCUCACUUCCCCUCAACUAAGCUCAAUGAUCAGUUCAUCGUCGGAAAACUUAUACGCUGCUGCUGAGAGGAUUGUAGCUAUAGACUCUGUAGAAUUCGUGGCAAGACAGUUGGAUCUGGUGCGCCCAGUUAUUGAAGGACUUGUGAGCCAGGAGGAGUCAGAAUUAGCUAAAAUACUUGAAAUGUUUUAUGCUCAGGUUAUAUCGGUAGCGCCUCUAACUAGGAAACUUAUAGUAGAUAACUUAGCCAGCAAAGCCCUCGAUUUUUCUUCGCUUACGAAACAAAUAUCAUCACAAAAAUGGGACAUCAAUGAUUUGAGAAGUCAGCACAGUCCGUAUAUUGACUUCUUGCUUUUGGAGUUUGAAAAUUUCGAUCGUAAAGUUAGAAGCAUGAACAAAGAGUUGCAUCUUUCAAAGGAAAUACGUGACUACUUAUGGACUAGAACUAUCUAUUAUAGCUUCAAAGCAAUAGUCCAAGGCUUUUGCGAGUCAGGAAAAUGCAGCACUGAGGGAAGAGCACUAAUGCAACUCGAUUUCCAGCAUUUGCUGAUUAAGUUAGAACUGGUUUCGUAUAUCAAACCUAUCCCGCAUACCGAGUACGUAGAUGGUUAUAUUAAAGCCUUCUAUCUUCCUGAGAGCGGAUUAGAACAGUGGAUUAGCCAACACAAGGAGUACACGUCUAAACAGAUCAUCUCUCUUCUUGGUGUGACAUCCCAUGUAUCUAAAAAAGCUAAAUCUCGCAUAAUAACAGCUCUAAACGAGUAA